CAAAUCGGCAUUAUAAGCAUAUCGGCAACAGGGUCGACCAAUAGCAUCGCGUGUGAUACAUGUAUUUGCCGUGUCUGUUACUUUGGCAUCCGACAACUGCGCUUUCGUUGAAACGAAUGCGUGAUCUUGCCGGAUUUGCCACGUGAGCUUGCCACAUGCUUACGAUCUGUUCACGAGGUCCUCAGAAAAGUGUCGAUAAUUCUGCUUCAUUAAUAAUUCGCCCGUAUUAUUACAAUAAAAAGUCUCUUAUAAAACGUGAAAAAGAUAUUGAAAAAACGUGAUUAUAUCGGACUCUCAUAACUAAACGUUUUUUUUUGGUUCAGAUUAUUGUGUCAUACUUUUUCUUGGCUACUCGCCGAGAGUCUACCGUAAUACAGGAAAAGAGAGUAAAGACGUUAUGCGAGUACUCCUUUACUUGGCGAUCAUUGGUUUUGUAUUGUUGAAGAAUAUGGAUGAAUAUGCCAAAGGCAAAAUAUAUGGUAAACGACACAUAAGAAGAUUACUCAAGGCACAGACCGAUGCCGAGUUGAAAACUCUGAACGCAUUAACGCCAAGCGGAGAUUCUGUCACGCGCGAUCAUAGCUCUGAUUACCGAAAAGCCGAUAAUAAUACUGAGCAACAUAGACAUACAGUUUCAGAAGCACACGCCGAAACAGAACGAUGUGAACCCGAACUUGGUCAUACUUUGCAGGAUAUAGACGAACAUAUUGAACAAGCUAUUGAUGAGACAGUAAGCAACAGUGAUUGUGAAUCUAUCAAUUCGAGUCUUCGUAGCGAUUGUUUUAGAAAAUCUAGCGACGGGAAUUCAUCAAAUUGUAAUUAUGAAAUCGAUAAUACUGAAGCAAUUUAUGUUAUUACGGAACUGAGCCCCACUGAAAAAACGGAAAGAUUCAAACACGAAAUCCGUUCUUGGGCUCUAACAUUCGACAUCUCUCACGGGGCAUUGUACCACUUGAUGCCAAUUUUAGGGCGUUAUUCGGAGCAUAACUUCCCAGUUGACCCGCGCACACUUCUCGAGACACCGAGGUCAACAAAUAUAGUCACUCUCAGUAAUGGCAAUUACUGUCAUUGUUAUUUUGAAGACAUACUAAAAAGAAUCUUAGUUGAUGUGAAACGUUGUACAAGCAAUGAAAUUGAACAACUCGACUUGCUAGUUGGUAUUGAUGGAUUACCAAUUUCAGACUCGUCUUCCUCGUGUCUGUGGCCUAUUUUAUGUUCAGAAAAUAUUACAAAAAAGGUACACGUAAUCGGAAUUUUUCAUGGAUACUCGAAGCCGAGAGAGGCUAACGAGUUCUUGCAAAUGUUUGUUGACGAUAUAACUCAUUUCAUAAAUCAUGGAAUUAAUGAUGAAUCACGAAUUGUACGAGUUCAUUUACAUGGAUUAUUUUGCGAUACCCCAGCAAAGUCGUUUGUACUAUCAGUAAAGCGCCAUGCGGGUUAUUAUAGUUGUACAAGGUGUACCAUAAACGGAGAAUAUGUGGAAAAUACUGCCUGUUUUCCAACAAAGAGAAUACAGUCGAAUUUACGAACUGACGAUGAAUUUGCACGUGGAAUGUACAAAAAUAAUUAUCAAUUAGGGAAUACUAUUUUGAAAGAUAUACCGAAUUUUGGAUGCGUAUUCAGUGUCCCGAAUGAUUAUAUGCACGUUAUUUGUCUUGGGGUAACGAAAAAACUGAUUUAUCUGCUACUUAAACGCGUCCAUAACAGAGGAUUGUCCAACAAGAUAGAGGAAGCAUUUACACAUUUUCUUCCUCAAGUUAGAAAAACACUCCCUAUAGACUUUGAUAGGAAACCACGAGCUUUGAAGGAUUUCCAACACUGGAAAUCCAAAGAAUUCGAGAUGUUCCUCUUGUAUUUAGCCCCCCGUGCGUUGUACAAGACGGUCUCUCACGAUGUUUACGACAACUUCAUGACACUACAUGUGGCGGUCACGCUUCUCACUCGAGCCGAUCUUGCUUCGAACAGAGAUUGCGUAGACUACGCAGAAAAAUUAUUAGUACACUUCACGCAAAACUUCGAAAAAAUAUACGUGUGUCAUCUAUUCUUAAUAAUGACAAACAUUACCAUACACUGCAGGAAUAUCAGCUAAGAGUAUCAUACAAUGUGAAGGCCGCAAUAACUGCAGCAGUGGGGGAAAGUUUUUUUUAGAGACUCGGGAGAUGGCGAAUAACUUGCUGAAAAUCGAAUAUUUUCAUUCCAAAAAAUUACUAUGUUUACAUUAUUUAUCUACAAAUAUAUGUAUAUCCUCAAAAUUUUUAGACAUUCGAUGCAAUACUUUUCUUUAAAAAAAUUCCCGAAAAUCGUCUCUUUUUUAGGCAGUCACACUAGUGGUGCCCCUUAAUGCCAAGUACCGAUAAUAAAAUUGCAUUAUAAAAAUAAUUUGUAAUUGAUAUAAAUUUCAUUACAUACUACAAAAAGUAUGGAUAAUUAAAAGUGUAAUGAAAUUACUAUUGUAUCCAUUGCUUACAGUCCUGAUCAUAUGUCUAAUAUAGUACUUGCUAUACAUGCAAUACUAGUAUAUUUCAGAUGAGGUACAUAAAAAUUCUUUUAAAAUUAUAAAAAUUUUAAAUUCAUACUUCGGUCCGUAGUGGAUAACGAAUUUAUAAUGAUCUCAUCAAACGAAAUUCGUAUUUGUAUCUCUAACCGAAAAAGUAAUGUCGAAGAGCACAAAUCGUAUCACCUUUCUGAGCUGGUUGACAUAUUUCGUUCGUGAAAUUGAAAUGAAAUGUAUUUUCGAUCUGUCUUCUUCCAUGUGUACUCUGUUUUGGUAUGAAAAGUAUUCUGAAUGUGAAAUAAAAUUGAUAUUUUAGGCAAGGCGCGUGGAAAUUGUAAUUUAUUUCCUUAUUUUCAAGGUUCCUUCCUUUUUUUCCUUCUGGCUUUAUCCCCAAUGAGAUAUGCGUUAGUAACUAAUGCAAGAAAAUUAGAAUGAGGAGUUCACACAAUUUAGCAAUGUACCUCGCGAGAUAAACGUUAUAAAGACAAAUGUGAUGAUCUUACAGAGUUUAGACGCCGCAUCCAAACAAUUUUGGACGAAAUCCGUAUGAGUACUCAAUUAGGCUUUUACGAAAAACCUAUUGGUAAAUGCCGCUGGAAGCAGAAUGCGAACCCCAAUCCUUCUAGUAAAAAUUAGCGAGACUACGCAAUAAAAUACGAUCGCCCUCACAUUCAAGGUUAUAGUCAAAUUCAAAAUCUUUAAACAUAUAAUAUAAGGAAAUAUGAGGAAUAUAAGGAAAAGAAUGAGUCCAGAAGUAAGGGAUAAAGUUCCGAAAACAGUAUACCUCUGAAAAGUAUGGUUUUUUGUAUUCUGACAUAUUUUGACGUGCUGAUGACGAACAUAAUAGUGGAAAUCCCCGCAAAAUUAAUUUAAAAAAAAAUGGCCAUUUUUGAAGAAAAAAAAUACUCUUGAUAUUUUUUUCAAUAAAUAUUGAUUUUAGAGAAAGUUUUAAGUAAAAAUUGUAGCUUGUAAAAAAUUACAUCUUUUAUGUCCUAUGCAUUGUUAUUAUAAAACUAUUAUUUUUCGAGAAAAAUGAGAUAAUGUUAAAUAAGCGAAAAACUUACCUAUCUAAAGAACCUAAUGAAUGAGGGCUUCGCUUGCAAGCUCACUUUGCGAUUAAGAAUAAAAUCCACCCUGUCUAAAAACUCUUUCUAAAAAAAAUAAAAUAAGCAAAAAACUAACCUACCGAAAAAAACCUAA